AUGACGCGGCUCGCAGUCUUCUUCCUCUCCCUCCUCCUAUAUCCUUUCCUUUCUUCCGCACUCAAGUUUGAACUUGUUGCCCAGCCGGGACAUAGUGCCAAAAACGAACGGUGUAUACGGAACUUUGUCACAAAGGAUACCCUGGUCGUGGUCACGGCAAUUGUGAGCGGGAGCAGAGGCGAUGGGCAGAUGGUCAACAUGCACAUCAAAGACGCCGUAGGAAACGAUUACGGUAGACCCAAGGAUGUUGCAGGGGAGAAGAGGAUGGCAUUCACAAGUUUGGCGGAUACCGCAUUUGAUGUGUGCUUUGAGAAUACAUUGACGGGCCGAUCCGCUGUUCCCAAUCCCACUCGCCAUGUCGAACUCGACAUUGAUAUUGGGGCUGACGCCCGCGACUGGUCCGCCAUUCAAGCCAACGAAAAGCUGAAGCCUGUGGAAGCGGACCUGCGAAGAAUAGAGGAGACAGUCAAUGAGAUCGUCCAAGAGAUGGAGUACCUCAGGAUCAGAGAGCAGAAGUUGCGGGAUACCAACGAGAGCACGAAUGAAAGGGUCAAAUGGUUUGCCUUUGGGACGAUGGGAAUGUUGGUGGGUCUGGGAGCGUGGCAGGUCGUGUAUUUGAGGGCCUACUUCAGGUCGAAGCAUCUGAUCUAA